ACAACUCAUCUUCCCUUACUCAACUGCGAUAUUAGACAAUGGCUGAAGUGAUUGUCUCCGCAAUCCUGAAGCAAUUGGAUUUUGUCCUGAAUCCAACUGAUCAUGACAAGGCGAGACCCGUCGUGCAUUCUGAAGACGAAGGCGAAACGCUCAAGGCGAGAGCCGCGAGACUGGACGUGGGUGCUGAUGCAGAAGUGAAAACGCUCAAAACCAAUUUUGAGGGCAUCCGGCAUGUGCUUCAAGAUGCAGAAGACAGACAAGUGAAGGAAAUGGAUGUGAAGCAUUGGCUGGAUAAGCUUACCGACACUUCCUAUGAGAUUGAUGACGUGUUGGAUGAGUGGAGCACUGCCAUUCAUAAGUUGAAGAUGGAAGUUGAAAAUGCUUCCACGUUUGAGAAGAAAUUGGACAUCAGUUGGUGCUCUAUUCUUGAAGAACAUUACAAGAAGGAGAAAGAGAAAGAAAGAGAUUGGCCCAAAAUCUCUCACAUUCCUCACAUCAUAAUUGGUAAUGAACAUGUGCAAUAUCCUGGGCAGCAGUCAUUUUCAUCAGCUACUGGUAAUUUCUUCUCUUCUUUUUAG